AUGUCGGGCUCGGAGCGGCAGCCGCGGGCGGGCCAUGUCCAGCUGGAUAGCAGACCUAUAUUACCCACCACAGAUGGAAAUGAGAACAUCACAGAAGUAGAUGCAGUCAGUAUAAGCAGACAAUCACGUCAUCUUGAAGAGAAGUACAAAAUGGACAAUCAAAGAAGAGGAGUUGCAUUAAUCUUCAAUCAUGAGUACUUUUCUUGGCAGUUAAAUCUGAGAGACAGACGUGGGACUAUGGUUGACAGAGACAAUCUGAAUCGCACUUUGACAAGCCUUGGAUUUGAAGUCAGAGUUUUUGAUAACCUGAAAGCAGAAGAUGUGCAGAAGAGAAUUGAUGAAGCCUCUAAGGAGGACCACAGCAAUGCUGACUGCUUCGUGUGUGUGUUCCUGAGCCACGGUAAAGAUGAUCACAUUUAUGCACGUGAUGACAAAAUCGACAUUCAGACAAUGACAGACAUGUUCAGAGGAGACAAGUGCCAGAGUUUGGUAGGAAAGCCAAAGAUAUUUAUCAUUCAGGCCUGUCGAGGUGAUCAACAUGAUAUUGCAGUGAUUGCUCAUGAUGCAACAGACAGCAGUAAAUCCCCUGGCAAUAAGACUGAAGUGGAUGCAGCUGGCAUCUAUACUCUGCCUGCUGGUGCAGACUUUAUCAUGUGCUACUCUGUGGCACAAGGCUACUAUUCUCAUCGUGACACUGUAUUUGGCUCCUGGUACAUCCAGGAUUUGUGUGAGACCCUUAGGGAUCAUGGAUCUUCAGGGGAGUUCACAGAACUUCUUACUGUUGUGAACAGGAAAGUAUCAGAUCGCACAUGGAACACGGGCUAUGGUUUAAAAAAACAGAUUCCUUGUUUUGCCUCAAUGCUAACUAAAAAAUUGUAUUUUCAUCCAAAAUCUAAGUAG